CCACAAAACGAACGACGAUCCUGUUUGGGCGAGUGCCCGCGUACAAAGUAACGCGCCUACUGCUGCACCGCGGCCAGUCUGCAGCUGUCAGUCGAACGGGACGGUUGUCUACCUUCCAGGGGCAGAACUUGAAGCGUUUUUUUGGACUCUUCGGUGAAGCGCUUCUUGAAGAAGUCUUUCUUUAUAAAAGGGGAUUCGUGUGCACCUGCUGCAUUUCACCAACCUUGACACCUGUCACUCUGACAGCAUGGGUUGACAGGUGAAGAGAGGAGGAGGACGCAGGCAAGGCCUUCUGCGCGCGGACAAGCGAUUAGCUGGAACAGUGGUGUGAGCAGGGGGGUGUGCUUAAUUAUUCAGCGCUUACUUGGAUGUUGCAUGUUUGGGGUUCGUUCGCGGAGUUGAGGCGCUGUGUCGUGCGGGCUGCAGCACUUGCAGGCGCAAACGGCGAGAUUAGAGAACGAGGGAGAGACUAAUGAAUUUUUAUCGCGCCAAGGUGCUUGAAAACGGAAUUUAUUAGCCGAUCGUUAAGGAAGAAUUGUGAAGGGGGGAAAGUGAGAGUGAAGAAAGGAAGAAGGGAAAGUUGGAGUGAUAACAAGGGAAGAAGAGGGACGCGUUCGCGCGACAAGUGUGAGUGAAAUUUGGGCCAGUUUAAGGAUAUCGGAUUACGAGGAAGAAGAGGGAAAAAAAGAAGAAGAGUGUAAUUUUUUUCUGAAGGGGAUAUGUCGUGUCGUGUGUCGUGUGAUAACGGCAAGUGAAACUAUUUUAAUAGCGGUUUGUUUCGGAGUGGAACGGGAAGGAUUUACUGGAACGAGGACGAGCGUGUAGGGACUACCCGGCCGACUACUAAUUAACUGCCGCCGUCGUGCGACAAUCAACUCCCCGUCCCGCAAUGAGUGACACCGGCUUAUCUCCGACCGGAACGACCCGCAACCGACGACGACGAGAAGCUGACAGUGGCAAAAUUAUCGUCAUCACUGACGCCGGAAGCACCAGUAACGGACCGGCCGCCGCCGCCGCCGAUGAAAGUGGUCAUUUGUCUUCAUCAAACCCUGCUGACGUGGCCACAACGAUGACAGUGUCGCCAGGACGGUGCUUACCGGCCCCGAACGUCACCACCCGCCAACCCUUCCGGACACCGGUGUCCUACCCCUUGCUGUUGUUGUUGUUGUUGUUGUGUCUGUAAAGUUUCUGCCCGAAACGGACUAAAAUGUGACAGCCGCGGCAUUCCAAAACUGGUCAAAGUAGGCUAGCAAAAUCCAACUCCUUCGUCACAUUCCCCUACCGCGGUGAACUCGAACAAAAACAAUGUAAAAAAACUGUCAAACUGUCUUACCCCGCGCGCGCUCUAUCUGUCAAAACAAAAAAACGUAAACAAAACGCCUGCACCACUUGUGUCACCAACAAAGCAAAGCAAAAACCGUCGGGAUCCGCCGAAAAGUAUGAUCCAUCUGUACCCACUGGAGGAGCAUCCACAUUUUUGUUCAUUUUACUGGGGCGGUUUCAACGGGAGCACCCUUGCGGCGGCGACGGCCGGUAGCACCAGCGACUUUAUCACGCCCGCCAGCAUCAACUACGAUGGGACGCUACGCAGUGGGCUGUACGAGGACCCACGGAUCGAGAACCUGCGCAAGAUCUCGUACGGCGUGGCGCUGCCCAUCAUUUGCGCCCUCGGCAUCGUCGGGAACGUGCUGAACCUGGUGGUGCUGACCCGCCGGAACAUGCGCGGCACGGCGUACAUCUACAUGCGGGGCUACUCGGCGGCCGCCCUGCUCGCCAUCAUCUUUGCGAUUCCGUUCGGCAUGCGGAUGCUGAUCCACCGGGACUCGGGCCGGUGGCGCAACUUUGGGACGGCCUUCUACCACGCCCACCUGGAGCUGUUCCUCGGGAAUGGGUGUCUGGGGGUCGGCGUCAUCAUGCUGCUGGUGCUGACGAUCGAGCGGUACGUGUCGGUGUGCCACCCGGGCCACAUCCGGCGCAUCUGUCCGCCCCGCGUCACGGUCGUGCUCAUCCCGGUGCUCACCUUUCUGAUCUACCUGCCGUCGGUGCUGCGCGGCGAGAUCGUCAAAUGUGUCUUACAAUCCGAUGGAACAAUAAUGUAUCAUAAGCGCGAUAAUAUGAAGUUUUUAGACUCGUUGUUUUACUCGAUUUACAAGGUGAUAUUGGAGAUCGUGUUCAAGCUGGCGCCGACGGUGCUAAUCGCCGGCUUCAACCUAAGGAUAAUGAUCGUGUACCGUCGUACCUGUGAUAAGCGCCGCCGCAUGACGCUGUCCCGGAUCAACACCAAGGACGAGGAUCCGCGGAAGUUUGCCGAGGAGCGGCGGCUCAUGAUGCUUCUUGGCAGCACCUCGCUUCUCUUUCUAAUCUGCGUCUCUCCGAUGGCACUUCUCCACGUGACACUUUCGCCGGAACAUCUGUCCAGCUAUUCCUUCCAGCUUUUCCGAGCCCUAGCCAACCUGAUGGAGCUGAUCAACUACUCGCUGACGUUCUACAUCUACUGCCUGUUCAGCGAGGACUUCCGGAACACGCUCUUCCGGACGAUCCGGUGGCCCUGGUUCGAGAAGCCGCUCUACAACCGCGGAACCGAGUUCCCCCUUAAGCACCCCGCGUCCGGAUCGAUCCUGAACGGCCACCUGCACCACCACCGCCAAUCGAACGGGAAGCGCCGACUCGCGAACGGUUCCUCCCCGGCCAACGGCUCCCUCCUGCACCCCUCCUCAAACCUGCACAGUCCGCACCUGUCGCCGGCGUCCGGCUGUGGUGGCGCCGCCGACCUCCACCACCUCCAGCACCAGCUCCUUCUGACGGCCACUCCGACGACCACGAUGACGACGGCCACGGCCAGCAGCACGCCCCAGCAUCAGCACCAUCUGCAAGUCACGUUGACGGCGGCUGCGACCACGACGACGACGACGACCACCUCCGGCGGAUCGUCGUCCGGGUUCUGUACCGGGGGGUCGAGCAUCAACGGGAGAUCGUCGAGCAUUUGACACAUCAGCCGGUCCGGGAGUGUUUCCAGUGGGGAACUUCCGGACGGGAACGGCGGCGAGUUGGUUACGGUUUUCGACGGAGGGUUUUUGGUGGAUGGGGCGGGACCGGAGCCGGUUAGCGUUUGACCGGAGGGAGGAGGAGGGGGAGGAGGGGAAGG